UAAUAGGUUGGUGGCAAUACUUUAAACAAGCAAGCCAGAGUUACGAGGGAAUAUAAAGUAGUCAUAAGAGCUUCGAUUCAUUAUGCGCUUCUCAAAUUUAUGUGGGGUUAAAACAAUUUUUUUAGUGUAAUGGUGACUUUCUCUGCCAAAUAUGCAUGAGAUCUAGACACCUCACCACAAACCAGGCAAGAAAGGCUGGCGAAGUCCUGAAUAUGAACGCAAAUAUUGACAUCGUUAUGAAAUGGACUUUAAUUCGUGUGUUUACAAUCAUCACGGCUAUUAUUUCCAAGCAGACGACUUUUGUCCACGCUGAAGACAGCUUAUGCAGUGAAGCAUUUGUUCCCUGUCCCCGAGAGGAGGGAUUUCAGUUCUUCAACAAGACCUGCUACGCUAUGAUCCGCGACACGCUACCGUUCGGAGCCGGCGACGCCUAUUUCAAGUGCCAGACGGGCAUGCACUUGGCGUUCAACAAGCCGGACAUGAUCUCGCACUACCUAAGAAUGGAGCGGCGGCGUGGCCUGGACGGUCGGAUGAGCCUGGCUCGGGUGACGAGCGCCGGCACCCUCCACACCCUGGCCAGACUACAGCGCCAGGUGGUGCACGAGCCCUCCGAGCGCUCCCUGGUCGGCCUGGCCUGCAGCGACGCCUGUGGCACGCCGGCCGGCUGGAUAUUUGCGGGGAGCGUCGCCCAACCGGCCGGCGGACUGGAGUGCUCUACCUCGCACUUCUGCGACUGGCUGCGGGGUGCCGAGUCGGCCUGGGCCAAACCGCCUCGCGCCAGCGCCAGCGCUCCGCCGCUCAGCAACCGGCUGGCGGUACUGCGCGGUCGCCUGCCGAAGAUACAACAGGCCGGUCUGAUAGACGCUCCGCAGACGCUGGACCUGCACAGCGUGGCCUGCGAGAUACCGUACCGCACCACCGACCAGGGCGUCCGGCAGCUCAUGACCCUUGGCAUCGCGACCGAAGCCGACCUGCUGCUGCACGCGCAGACGGUGCGCGGUCUGUCGGCGGGCGCCACGGGCGCCGUGCCGACCAGCGUCGAGCUAAGCUGGCGGCCGCCGCGCUGCGCCGUCACCGGCUACUCGGUAGGCCAGCUGAGCGUGACCGCUGGCGGCAGCGAGAGCCGCUCGGCAGUGGAGGCCGAGCCCACCUGCACGCCCGACGCCGGCUGCCGGCUUCAGCUGCAUCUGCCCUCCUGCUCGCUGGUGUACGUGGAGGUAGCAGCCGUGAUAGGUGGCGAACAAGCCGCCCCCGAAGUCGUCCAGUGGCGGGCACCACCGCCCUCAGAUCCGCCCGGUCCCAUUCGGUUCUACCUGUCUGAGAUCAGCGGCUCGGUAGUGGCCAUGACCUGGGAGAGCCCGGCGGGCGAGGGGCCGUGCCAGCCCUACCACGAAGUCACCAUCCAGGGACACGGCAAAGUUACACUGGAGCCGGGCGUGUCCCAGCUGAGGGUGGACCUAGGCGGCUACUGCACACACUUCAGCGCCUCCAUCAGGGCUACCAUCAUGGGACGAGCCAGCGGCACCCAAGGACCCGUAGCUGGAGUCACUGGUCCCGAAGCGCCGGACAGCGUCGAGGUGAGGGACACGGGCAUGCGGUGGUCGCUGCUGCACUGGUCGCGUCUUGCUGCCUCCUCCAGCCCGUGUGGCUCAGCCGGCUUCCGCGUUGUCUUGAUGGUGACGUCAGCCGUGCGUCAGCUGAACGUAACUGGGCUGGCGCCGGGCACCAGGUACAGCUGCGGCGUGUGUGUCUUGACCAGCCUGGCUGACACCGCUGGUAGAACCGUCUCGCUGGCCGUGGCGCCCUGUGGCCGCGCUCGCCUUGUGGAAUUUGUCACCGACGAGACAAUACCAGGAAGCCCGUCUGGCCUGCGAGUCACCAACUUAAGUCACGACUCCAUGAUUCUGCGCUGGAGACGACCGCGGCAACCGAACGGAGUCAUAUUAAGGUACAACGUCUCGCUCGACUGCGAGCCACAGACAUUCCCGCUAUGCUCGUCGGACCCGCUCUGUACGAAUCGUUUCGUCGCGCUGCAGCUGGACGGAAACGACACGGACCACGUGACAUUCCGCUUGGAGGGCCUACAGGCGGCCCGGCGUCACCGUCUGGCAGUGGCCGCCGCCACCCAGGCCGGCCAGGGGCCCUUCAGCAGCCCAGCAGAGGCCAGCACUCUCUCGGGAGUGCCGCCCCCGCCACGGGAGGUGAUGGUGACGCCGCACGUGAAGGCCGAGGUGGGGCAGACCGAGCAGACCUCCAUUAUGGUGACGCUGCGACCGCCCUGCCCGUAUCCUGGCCUUCACGGCUACCGGCUGCAGUUUGAGCGAGUCGACUUCCUCUCCAGCUACCGCUCUACCACUCGCUCCGGCAACCUCAGCCGGGAUGACAUUGAGCAGCUGUAUUCAGGCCAGCGAAACAUCAGCUUCUCAGUGUUCGACGGUCAGUGGACGCCCGGCUUCGACUACCGGGUACACAUCGUGGCGAUGUCGGAGAACACCGCUCUGGGACGGCGCGGGCGCGCGCCCAGCGACCCGGUCGGCUUCAUCAUGACCGUGCCUCCCCCGGGCGAGGUGCGCGCCCUGGCGGCGGACUGCUCAGUAGCGCUGAAGUUCUCCUUCAGCUGGACCAACCCCAGCGAGCACGCAUUCGGCAUCGUGGGUUACCGGGGCCGCUACCAGUGCCGGCAGCCGAGUACGGGCGAGACGGUGGGCCGUCGCUUCAGCUGCCGCCACUCCCGGUGCCCUUGCAUAUCAUCACUGAGCACCGACCAGUGCCAAGCCUGCGAGCGCGUCUGCAACUACCCCGUCAGGCAGUUCAACUUCAUGGGGCGGCGGACCUACUACUACAACUGCACAUGUCACCGCCAGGCGCAGCUGCCGCCGGUGCUCCCCGGCAGCGUGUGCCGCGUGGCCGUUCAGGCGCUGUCGCGGUACCAGCAUCAGCUGGGCGCGCCGGCGCUGGCCGGCUGUCGAGCGGCGGCACACGUGGCGCGGGUCAGCGACCUGCGCGUCACCUGUGACCAGCAGCGGCUGGCGGCGCGCUGGACGGCGGCCCGUCCUCUGGAGGUGCCCACCAAGGCCUACCACGUCACGGUGCUGCGCAACGACACUGGUGGCCAACCUGAGAUCGUCACCCAACACGCUUUGACGACGAGUCAUUGUGACAGACAUCAGUGCAGGACCAACUGGACCGGUUUGGCCGGUGAAGUCCCGUUCGUGGUGAAGAUCGCCGCCGAGUCUGCGUACGCCUCGCCGCCGGUGGGACCUCACAUCGAGAGCGGCUGCACGACGCCGCCGAGAGUGCCCCGGCCGCCGACUGAAGACCAGGAGCAGUUUGUGAUGACACCAUCCGCGCAGCCGCCUGGCAUCGACCUGUCCCGCCAGUUCGGGCUGCGUCUGCCUCGUGACCUCUACGACCAGGGCUCGGGCGUGCUCAGAGAGGUGCGGGUUGUGGUUUGGGACGCGGCCGCGGUGGCCGCCGCCGCCAGCCCAGUGCUGCCGCCGUCUGGAGCGUUGUCCGAACUGCCGGCGGCCGCCACCUGGGAUCGUUUCUGGACCAACAAGAGCGACAGCUACCAGGCCUCACCGGCCGCCUUCGUGCCCACCCACGACAGUCAGGAGCAGUUUAUUUUGGGCGCCAGCCUGACGUGCCCUUUAAAGCCAGGCGUCAAGAACGACACUUUCUGCAACGGCCCACUCCGGCCAAACAGCUCCUACGCCGUGCAACUGGUCUUCGUCAAUGCAGCCGGGUUUGCGGCGUCCCGGCCGCUAGCAUUUCGCACGCAAAGCAAACGCGAGAAGGAGCAUGUCACCGUCGCCGUGGGGCAGCCGGCCAGGACGCCAGCCCUACAGGAGGAGCCCACCUUACCCGGCGAAGAGUUCGACCACCAAGCGACCGGCCACUCGGGCACGGGAGCAGCAGCAGGGGGAAGUAGACCCGGACCAGUUAGCAGUCAGCUCGAGCCGGACGGCGGCGCCUCAGGAGCGGGCAGGAGCGGUCCAGGAGCGGUCGGCGUGGGCGGUUCAGGCGGGAGCAAGUCUGGAGCGGGCGGCGGCGCUGCGCCCUCCGCCAUCGGCACCACGCUGGCAGCGGCCGCCAGCUCGACGUCAGGCCCUGAAGUGACCUUGACCCACGGCAACUGGACAGCCGUGGGAGCGGUGCUCGGCUCGCUGAUCAGUUUCAUCACGCUGUGCGGCGUCAUCUGCGGUGUGCGGCGCCGCUGCGGCCGGCAGCAGGGCUGAACAUUGCAGCCCGCGCCGCCUAUGACAUAGUGUAUCUGCGGCCCAGAGCCGGCCCCUCCCGCCGGCAACGGCCUUUAAUAGGUGCUGAGAGGUUGGCCGCUCUGCUUCCCGGCCCGCGGCCGA